AUGGGAAACAGACCCAAAGACCCACGCCGUGCUUUCUGCACAUUCAUCACCAUCUUCCUUCUCUUAGCAGGUCUUGCAGUUCUCAUAGGCUGGUUAAUUUACAGACCCCACAAGCCCCAGUUCACUGUAGUUGGGGCAGCUAUAUACGACCUUAACACCACAUCCCCACCUUUCAUUUCCACCUCCAUGCAGUUUACUCUUGUCACUAGAAACCCCAACAGGAGGGUCUCAAUCAUGUAUGAUAAACUCACUGCCUAUGUAUCAUACAGGAACCAAGCUAUAACUCCACCACUCGUAUUGCCUCCACUUUAUCAUGAGAAAAAGAGCACAGUGGCCCUGUCUCCGGUGCUUGGCGGGGCAGGGGUGCCGGUGUCAGUGGAAGUUUCAAAUGGGUUGGUGAUGGAUGAGGCAUACGGGGUUGUGGCACUAAGGGUGGUGGUGUUGGGAAGGUUGAGGUGGAAAGCUGGGGUUAUAAAGACUGGGAGAUAUGGGGUUUAUGUGAAGUGUGAUAUCUGGGUGGGUUUGAAGAAGGGUUUUGUUGGGCAGGUGCCUUUGCUUGGGUCUCCACAGUGUAAAGUGGAUAUAUGA